AUGUCAAGUCUGAAUGAUAAUGGAUUUGUCAAACACUUUGAAUUCAAAGAAUUUACAGAACUUAAAGAAAUCGGGAAGGGUGCGUCGGGUUUCGUCAUAAAAGGAAAUUACAAAAAAGGUGGUCAAAUAGUGGCCUUAAAAUGCGUUCAACAUCGAAACAGAAAAUCAAGUUUAAUUGAAAAAGAAAUUGGGUCAUUUGAAGAACUAUCUUUUGAUAAAAAAUAUUAUAAUUUUUGUGGGUGGAUUUU